CGGACAGAAGAAAAGGAACCAUUGUCGGUGCCAAAGCCCAAACAGAGAAACAAAGAUUAAACUCUGAAAAAAGCCCAAACAAGCGAGAGAGAGAGAUAAAUACAGAACCUUUUAGCAGAUGCAAAGAUAAGAGCCGUCAGUCUCACUAUCACCACUCCACCCUGCAGCUCAGAGCAAGCAACAACCGAUCAGUGAGAGAGGAAAUAUUACAUCAACUUUUCAUGGAUGUAGUAAUUAUCAUGUCUUCUUUAGUUUCAGAGGCGAAGAUACUUGCAAGACUUUUACCGACCACCGCUCCAUAGCCUCGGUCAACGCCAUGUAAGCCGUGGGUGAAGAAUCUUAAAGGCGUAGCUUUUGAUGGAGAAGAUGUGUUGGAUGAAAUCAAUUGUGAAGUUCUUCGGCAUAAAGUAGAAUUGGAGAACCAUAUAAAGAAAAAGGAAGGAAGCAAGAACCCCACAACUUAAUAGAAAAUUUAAUUUCCACAGAGACAGUUUGUUUCUUCACCACACUUCAGCCAUGGAACUUGUGAGAGCAGUUGCGCAAACCUCCUCUUCUAAUACUUCUCCACAUUGUCGAUAUCACGUGUUCUUGAGUUUCAGAGGUGAAGACACUCGCAAGACCUUUACUGACCACCUCUACACAGCCCUUGUCAAUGCCGGAUUUCACACUUUCCGAGAUGACGAUGAGCUUGAGAGAGGAGAGGAUAUUAAGCUAGAACUGCAGAAAGCAAUCAAACACUCACGAACUUUUGUUAUUGUGUUUUCCAAAGACUAUGCGUCUUCCAGAUGGUGCCUUGACGAGCUUGUGCUGAUUCUUGAACGCAAGAGGGUCUCACCUGACCAUGUCGUUUUACCAGUGUUCUACGACGUGGAUCCAUCCCAUGUGAGGAAGCAAAUGGGAAGUCUUGCGAAGGCAUUUGCUAAACACCAAAAAACACAACCGGUGCAGAAGGUGAAAGCAUGGAAGGAGGCACUUGCUGAGGUUGCAGAUCUGGCAGGGAUGGUCUUGCAAAAUGAAGUCGAUGGGUACGAGUCAAAGUUUAUCAAGAAAAUAGUUAAAGUGAUCGGAGACAAGCUAAGUCGCACACCCUUAAGUAUUGGCCCCAACAUGAUUGGAAUGCAUUAUCGAGUGGAAAUGAUUAAUUUAUGGCUACAAGAUGGAUCAACUGAUGUUGGCAUACUAGUAAUCUAUGGGAUGGGUGGAAUAGGGAAAACAACCAUCGCGAAGUUUGCUUAUAAUUCAAACUUUAAAAGAUUUGAAGGAAGCAGCUUCCUUGAAAACAUCAAAGAAAUUUCACAACAACCCAAUGGCUUAGCUCAAAUACAAACACAACUUCUUUAUGAUAUUUUGAAUGGGAGAAAGGUGAAAAUACACAGUGUUAGUGCGGGAAUAACUAAGAUUGAAGAUGCCAUAAGCUCUAAAAGGGUUCUUCUUGUUCUCGAUGAUGUGGAUGGCAUGGACCAAUUAGAAGCAGUAGUUCGGAUGAAAGAUCGAUUUUAUCCGGGAAGUAAAAUCAUCAUAACAACUAGGCGUGCAAGAUUGUUAAAGUCUCAUCAAGUCAUUAAGGUGCCCGUUGAAACUUUGCAUUACAAUGAAUCAUUGGAGCUCUUCAGUUGGCACGCUUUUGGCCAGGACCAUCCCAUUGAAGGUUACAUAGAAUAUUCAGAAAAAGUAGUGGAUCAUUGCGGGGGACUUCCAUUAGCUCUUAAAGUUUUAGGUUCUUCUCUUUUGGGAGAAAAUAUAGAUGUAUGGAAAAGUGCAUUGGGUAAGUUAGAAGCUUUUCCAAAUGGUGAAAUAAUAAAUAAACUAAGAGUAAGCUAUGACUCUUUGCAAGAUGACCAUGACCAAAAGUUAUUCCUUCACAUUGCUUGUUUCUUUAUCGGAAGGGAGAAAGAUUACAUUGUUAAAAUACUAGACGGAUGUGGUUUCUACACAAUUGUUGGACUUCAAAAUCUCAUUGAUAGAUGUUUGGUUACAAUCGAUGAAUGUGAGAAGGUGUGGAUGCAUGACAUGAUUCGUGCAAUGGGAAGAGAAAUCGUUCGCUUAGAAUCAGAGAAGCCUUGGAAGCGUAGUAGGGUAUGGCAACAUAAGGAUUCUUUCAAUAUCUUGACAGAAAAGAAUGGCACAGAAGCAAUUGAAGGUCUUGUCCUCGACAUGCAUAUGCUCCCUACAAACAGUCUCAUAAACUCAAAUGAGAUAUUCUUGCAAACCAAUGCAUUUGCAAGGAUGCACGAUCUAAAACUACUCCAUCUUAGUCAUGUACAACUCAGCGGAUGUUAUGCAGAAUUUUGUAUGGGAUUAAGAUGGUUGUGUUGGCAUCAAUUUCCUUCGGAUUCUAUACCCACCAAUUUUCCUUUGAGGAACCUGAUUGUUCUUGAAAUGCAAUAUAGCGGCUUAAGACAAGUCUUUGAAGGAACAAAAUGUCUUCCCUCAUUGAAGAUCCUUGAUCUCAGCCAUUCUCAUUCACUUACAACCAUUGACUUCUCAUUUUGCACAAAUCUAGAGAAAUUGAUUCUUGUAGAUUGUGAAAUCCUGGUUGAUGUCAAUGAAUCCAUUGGAAACCUUGAGAGACUUGUUUACUUGAGUAUGAAGGAUUGCAAAAAUCUUAAGAUGCUUCCAGAGAACAUAUGCAUGCUAAAAUCACUUGAAACACUUAUUAUAUCUGGUUGCACAUGUCUUAAUGAGUUCUUAAUUGAGAUACUGAGGGAGAUGGAAUCUCUGAAAGUGCUUGAGACAGAAGGAAUUCCAAUAACUCAAUUAUGGCGAGGAAGAAGUUCAUGUAUCUUGAGUUCCUUACCAUGCUCUUUAGUAGAUUUAAGUGUUUGGGGUUGCAAUCUUUCAGAUGAUGCCUUUCCUUGGGAUUUCAAUAAUCUAUCCUCAUUGCGAAGACUAAACCUAGGGAAUAAUCCAAUUUGUAGCCUACCAAAUUGCGUCCAAGGUUUAACAAGGCUCUAUAAACUCUCUUUUUCCAAGUGUACAAGGCUCAAAUCGCUAGUGGGGUUACCAAAAGUAGAUGUCUUGGAUAUCGAAGAUUGCAUAUCAUUGGAAAAAAUAACAUAUCAGUCCAGUCCGGGAUAUCAAACCAGUUGGUGGGGUGGCAAUCACAACCUAGUUGAGUGGGAGUAUGACUACAAGUUAGAACCCAUUGGAAGAGUUGAUGUAGAAAUGAUCAACCUUCUGGGCUUGUGCAAUUUGGAAUCCAUGGCACCCAUUCGGAUGCACAAACCAAGUUGGAUUUCAGAGAAGGACGAUUGGAGUCCUGUGCAGGGACUGUACGAAGCUGGUAUAUUCAGCACAUUUUUGGCUGGGAAUGACGUUCCCGGCCGAUUCAGCCAUAAAAGUAGACGGUCCUCAAUAUCUUUUACUGUGCCUUUACUUGAUCAUCAGAUAAUUCAAGGCUUGAUCAUCUUUGCUGUCUAUGCGAGUUCUGGCUCUGAUUUUCCUUACAACCCUCUUACUCGUUUUCAAGGUUUUCAUGGCCAUAUGAUUACUAGAGUGAGAAAUAAGAGUAAGGGUCUGAACUGGUACUAUAUGCCAUCACACUACGGUAUUCCAGGUGAAGGAGAAGACAUGAUAUGGUUAAGCCUCUGGAAUUUUCAGGAUGAGCACUUAGAAGGUGGCGAUCAAGUGGUUGUUUCAGUAUGUAUGCAACCUUGCUUUCAGGUAAAGGAGUUGGGGAUCCAGCUUGUGCUGGUGGAACAAGUGAGUCAUAAUAUGAUGAGUACCACCGCUCAUCCUUGUUAUCCAUGGGACAUCGGAUUCAUAGGUCAACUACUUCCAAAUUACUUGUUCAAUGAUGAAGAUACAAGAGACAAUGAAGAAGAGCCACUGGAUGAUCGCGCAAUUGGAGCCAUCACAGGCAGCCAUCACAAUCUAUGUUGUUGGGAUUUUCUGUUAUUCUGUUAUUCUGUUAUCACUCGUCUUUGCCAAUAAUUGGGAUAAACAAAUAGUGGAAAAUCAGAAUCAUUAAAUAAUGCAAUUUGAUUGCAUUUGUUGUGUUUUUAACUACACGAACUCUUAAAGAUUGGUAUAACCAUAUGAA